CAGCGAACGAAAAUCCAUGAGUUCCGUGUUAAAAUGUGUGAAAAUAUAUUUUUUGUGAAUCAGUGAGAAUUUAGUGUCUAGUGUCGUUAUCAUUCCAAUAAUUUGUUGAUUCAAAUUAGUUGUGAGUGGCAAAGUAAAGUUCGGGAGCUCUUUUUGUUUGUACAACAAGCAAUUUAGAAGAUUCUCGAGUUUUCCAUCGAUAGCGAGGAAUUUGGAUCGAAAGACGUUUUUUGAUCACUUAAAAAAUUGAUUCAAUAAAGAAAACUGUUGAUAAAAAAUGGCUCCCCAAUACCCAAAUGUUUACGUUUUCGACGAUGACUCUUCUGAGGAGUUCAACAGUGAUCAGAAGGAAGUGAACGAUCCAGCCAGUUUGAGCCAAAUGGCCUUCUGGUACAUGAUCAUACUGAUCGGGAUGUUGAUCACCUGGCUUUUCGUGUUCUUCUGUCUAAGGAUCAUUGCUCUAAGACAAAAAACGCGCAGUCCGCAGCAGAGGCGAAUGUAUGUGGGGUCCCGGGCGCGGCCUUCGCUGGGCCAACCAGAACCCACUAUAUACGUCAGCCCUUCCAAUUUGCCACCCCCACCCAAAUAUGAAUGCAUGGCGCCGCCCAGCUACGAGGAAGUGGUAGGAGUCCACUACCCUCAGUUCCAAGCUCAGCCAAUCACGCAGCCGAUCACAUCAGCGCUCGCGCAAUCCUCCUCAGAUACCACCACAGUCACCACCAUCUCCGAGACCAGAAGCAAUGACAACGCAACCAGAAGCGAUGACGCAAUAACUGUUCCAAGAACGGUUCCAGUAGCUACUAGCUCCUCGUGAUAAAUAACCGUUAUUUAACUGUCGAGUCUUCCAGUAUAGCUGGCAGGUGACUUCGCAUUUUAAAAGUUUACUAGUCUGAACGAUUUCGUGAUGUAUUUGAAAGAAUAUGAAAAAUAUUAAAGGGAUGGGUCUUGAUAGAUGCCUUAAGAGUUUGUGAUAAUCGUUGCUAAUCCAUUACGUUAAAAUAACGCGUUGUAGAUUUAACUGUAACCGUUUUUUUUUAAACGAAGUUAGUUUUUUGAUUGUUUCAACUAGAAAUGAAAUAGUGUAUUGUUUGUAAAUAUUAUUUCUAGUUGCGAACAAGGCUUGGGACCAAAAUGUAACUUUUGACAACGAUGUAAGUUCUGUGCUGUUUCAGUUUUUACCAAAAAUAUUCCGUCUUCAUAGAGGACGCAAGACUGAGUGUAGUUGGUAAAAAUAAUCACGAAAAUUGAUGUUAUACAUUGUUUCAGCAAUUCCUUUUACAAUGGAAUUCCUGAAACGAUAAUUAUUGAUCAAAUGUUGGCUGUUGGAUCAAACAUUUGUUGAUUUGUUGUUUGAGCGAAUGUUUGACUGAUAGUUGAUAAAACUUAUGUAUAUAUUUUUGAUGUACCUAAUAAACGUUAUAUUUUAAUAUAAAUUUAAUUUAGUUUAAGGAC